AUGCCCGUCAAGCGCAAUAUUGGCAAUCAACAUGCCGCCGUCGCUCCCCUCGUCCGGCGCGGCGUGCUCAUCGCCUGGGUCUUCAACUACAUAUACCCCGAACAAGCCUUUCAAUGGGUUCUCCAACGGCGAGCUCGCCAACCUCAUCCGCGUCAAUUAUCAGCCCUUCAGUCGAUUCUUGACAUGUCUGGACCAAAGGGUACCAUCGCUCUCAACAACUACCUACAAGGCAUCGGCAAGCUGGCCGCCCUAAGCUGGGUCGACGUAACUGCGGGGGCCCAGCACUCCCCAACCUGGACCUCUACAUGCAAGAUUGACGGGAGGGUUAUCGCCACUGGGUCGGGCCCUCUCAAGCAUAUCGCCCGUGACGAGGCUGCAGACAAGGCCUUCGAGAUUUUGCGCCGGGCUUGA